GCUUUGUAUUUUUUCUUUUCUUUCUUUUUUCCUCUCUCUCCUUCUGCUAUUGUCCAAAAAUGUUACAAAAAUCAUUUGAAGAGUAUCCUUUUGUGAUAGGAAUAGAUUAUGGAGGAAUCAAUUCAGGAGUUUCAAUAGCUCAUAAAAAUGACGCAUUCAGAAUACUUACUAUCGACGAUUGGACAGACGAAGACACAUCUUGCUGCCAAUUCCCUACAUCGAUUUUAUACAAAGAAGGACAAAUCCAUGAUGAAGACAAUAUCAUCUGGGGCGCUGAAAUAUCAGAGGCCACUAUUAACGACGAAGACAUUUAUGUCAAGUAUAUAAAACAAUACAUAUUUAAUAGCGCCUGCAAAGAUAAGGAAUGGAAUCAAACUGGAUUAACGAUUAAAAAGGUUGUGACGGAUUAUUUAAAUAAACUUCGUCUGGCUCUUUUGAAGCUACAGGAUAAGGACAGUUUUAAAAUCGAUUAUUACCAAGAUUUUAGGCUUGACAAUAGUCGAUAUUGUCUCGCCUGCCCUCAGUCUCAGCAAUUAUUUAUGAAGAGAUGUUUUAUUGAUGCUGGAUUUAUUCAUGAAGAAGAAAUAGAACACCGUCUGGUAUUUGUCACCGAAGCAGAGGCAGCAGCUUACAAUUGCCUUGCCUGGGAUCGUAAGUCAAGUAGAAUUGCAGUGGAUGAACAUUAUCUUGUUUGUGAUAUUGGUCACAACACUUUUGGAAUUGCAAAAAUUGAUGCUAGGUCAACAGAAUCUCAGAGUAUAGUGGAGUUGGUGUCUGAAGACUCCCAACAUGGAUCGAUUGAUUUAGAAAAUAGGUUCCGCUCUUAUUUGGAAAUUAAUGCCGAGUCACUUAACAUGGAUCAAGCAAAAAUAGAUGAGGCUGUAAAAGAAUUUGAAGAGAAUUUAAAGUUCUCUUUUAACAUGUCCGAUGAUUGGGAAAAAGAAGAUUCUCUUUACCAAGUUGAUAGAAUAUCCUUUGAGGAUCAAUGGAUAGGAUACGAAGAUCAGCCCAUGUCCAUCUUCAAAACAACAGAAGUUGAUAAUAAAACUUUGAUCAAUAUAUUGCCUAUCGAUCUUGCUCAACAAGUAUUUAAUCCGUAUAUCAAUGAUAUUAUUGAAGGUAUCAUGGAUGCUGAUAAGGAUGAUUGUGCCAAGAUAUUUCUUACAGGCAGAUAUGGCUCCGACUCUUAUUUUCUUAAAAGACUUGCCGAGUUUACUGGUAACCGGUUGAUUAUAAUUGAUCAUAUGUCGGUGGACGGUGUAUCGAGAGGAGCAGUAUCAUUUGGAAUAAGAAUGAAAAAAGCACAGACACCCUUUUUUUAUAAUGAAUCCAGUGUUGUAGAAAUGAUCAAGGAGACACAAUUUAUCAACAAUUGUGAUUUUAUUGUUGGCAUUGAUUUUGGUACUACUCAUUCUGGAUGCUCAUAUGCACGACCUAAUGAUACGGUGAUACAAUCAAUUAAAACACGAUGGCCGAUGCAACAAAAUGAUUCAUUCCCAAAGGCACCUACUCUAAUUGUUUACAAUUCCAAAAGUAAGAAAAUGACCAAGGAUAAAUGGGGGCAAGCCGCUAAAAAUCACAAACUUGUCAAGAAUGAACACUUGUUUGGAAAUUUUAAGUUAUUCUUGUCACCAGAAUCCGUGACAAAAUAUUAUGGAGAAGGAAACACAGAUAUUGCAGAUAUUAAAGAGAAAUUCACGUUAAAUGAUGCAACUGCAGUUGACGUUAUUGGUGAAUACUUGAAGGUUUUCAAGAAACACGUGGAUGAUUAUAUUAUCAAGAAAGAAGCAGAGAAAAAGUUCUUCUUUUUGCAAAGCUCUUUGAAACUUUGUUACGUCAUCACAGUACCUGCAAUGUGGGAUAAAACAGCUAAAGACACUAUGGUCCGAGCAGCCAUCAAAGGUGGAUUAGUAGAGAAAGGCCAGCAUGAUAAUUUACUCAUUAUUACUGAGCCCGAAGCCGCAGCUCUCGCAUGUGAGGAGCACUACAAAGAUAUCGCAAAAAAAGAUGGCACAACAUUUAUUGUGUGUGACGCGGGAGGAGGAACGGUAGAUUUGGUCACAUUUCGCCUGGAUAUUAAUAAAGAUGGUACUGAGGUAAUUCAUCAACUAGGCGAGGGUGAAGGUGAUACGUGCGGUUCAGCGUAUUUAGACCAAACAUUUAGGGAGUAUAUUUUCAACUUUUACAAGGAAAUCGAUUUCCCUGUAGAAAUAGAGACCCUAAAAUUGGACAAAGCCAUGAAGUAUUUUAUAGACGAAUUAAAACCCAAAUUUAUGCCUAACGAAAAUUGUGAUGCCUAUUGCCGCAUACCCUUACCUGAAAAACCUUCGUUACCUCACAAUGUAAACACAAACAGACUUAUCAGGAGGGGUAGAAUAACCGAAUUAAAAAUGUCCAAUGCAGACAUGAAGACGUUUGUGUUUGACCCAAUUAUCAACCGUAUUGAGGAUCUUAUUGAUCGACAAGUCAGAAAGCUUGAUGGCAAAAUAGAUGUUAUCUUAUUAGUAGGCGGGUUUUCCAAAUGCAGAUAUCUGGAGGAAAGACUUAGACAGAGAUAUAUCGAUACUAUUAGAAUUACAACACCCCCAAAUGCAGUUACUGCCAUCUCACAAGGCGCAGUAUCAUAUGCACAACGACCUCGUAUGAUUUCAAACAAAGUAGUUGGCCUCUCCUAUGCAAUAGAAGUCCAAUCUCAAUUUAGCAGGGACUUUGAAGAAAACUAUAAAGGAAAGACAGUUAUAGCCAGCGAUGGUAAUGAAUAUUUUAAAUCUCGAUUAGAAUAUUUUGUAAGAAAGAACGACGAAGUGAGAAAUGAAGAAAAAACAGCCAUUUAUGAGAAGACUGUGUAUAUUGAGUAUCCUCUAAAUGCGAUUAUAGCUAUAUUUUCAUGUGAUUACGAUAAAGUAGAUACUAUCAAGUGGCGGCGCGUUAAUAGUGAACAUACAAAAGUAAUCGAGCUGGAAUUUGAUAUGCCUUAUUUACCAAACAAAAGCAAGAAUGAUAAAAUACCUUUUAAGAUAUCAUUACAGCUUAACCAGAUAGGUGGCAUCAACGUCUCCGUUGAAUGCCAAGCGGAUGGAGGCCAACCCCUUAGGAUAAACAACAGCACCUCGGGCGAAGAUAAUUUCAAAUACAUUCGUAAAAGUGAUCCUAUUGUAAUGCGGAGUAAGCUUCCAAAUGGUGCAUUUGUGCUUCCAAAUAAAAGAUGAUUUUGUGUUUUAAUACAUAUGAAA